GUUCUGCCCACUAUGCUUAAUUUGCUCCCACUGUAAACGACACAGAUGAACCAUCUUGGUCUAGCCGUCUAUCUAGUAACUGUUAUCUUAUUACAAUAGCUAGCUAGCUAGCUGUCUUUGAUACGUAUGUGUAUAGUUCUAGGAGAGAUAGGAUAUUUGUAACUAGUUGAUAUGUUGACGAACAACAAAAAACAACGUUUGGGAAGUGCUUGCCGCUGUUUCCAGGAGGAAGAUCCCUGACUCUGGGCACUGGUGUGAUCUGGAGGAGGUUAAAUCAGUCUUUCCAUUAUAGUGAACCAAACUGGGAAACAAGGGGGGCAGAUCAUCCAUAGAAGACUGGCUGUAAACUCUGGGACUGGUACCAAUAAGGGAAGGGGGGGGGGGGUUGAUUUUCCAGUGUUGUUCCAGUUGAUGUUGUUGCAGCUAUGUCAGAAGCCAUCCUCACCUUCCAGUACCAACUCAAUGGAGUCAUGGAAACGGUCCUCAAAACUGCCCUGCAUGAGAUCACUCGGCUGGUGAAUGACAACUUCCUGGAGGGAGUGACACAGCGCAAGCAGGAAGUGGACGUCUUAAAGGAGAGGCUGCAGCAGUGUGAGCAGAGAUGGAGGGACAGAGAGGAGGAGAGGAAGAAGAGGGAAGAUGAAGAGAAAGAGCAGAGAAAGAAGAGGGAAGAGAGAGAGCAGAGGGGGAUGUGUAGGAGAUGUGGUUGUGCUGGAGACACUGAGGAGAGAGAAGAGGCUCUGUUAGGAGAAGAGGAAGGUUGUGUUAUCAAACAGGAGAUGUUCCAGCCAGGUGGACCCAGUGCUUUCCCAGAGAGAGAUGGUCAACAGGAAACGGCCACACCCAGCUCUUCCUGUGUAUACGAAAGGAUGGAAGAGAGGAAGGCCCAUGUGGUUCAUAUCAAAGAGGAGCCCGAUGAAUUGGGGGACUUGGUUACCCAGAUUAUCACAUCCACAGAUUCCCCCAUAAUCAGCCUGAGUCGUCUGCAGAGAUUGAGCUCACAUCCUGGGGUAUGGACCAGGGAGCCUCUUUCUCCAGCACCAGCGGCCAGGGAGUCUCCACCUCCAGCCCCAUGGACCAGGAAGGAGCAGCACCUACUCCCAAGGUCAGUGAUACCCACCCAGGGGACAGAGCAUGCUGUGGGGGCCCUCGAGACCAGCGCCUACGGCCUGAGGAUCAACACAACGGCACAGCUGAGGGUCAAACCCUACAGCUGCCAACACUGUGGGAAGAGCUUCCCUCAGCUCCGAAACCUGAAAGACCACCAGAAGUACCACCACACAGGGAAGAAAGCCUUCACCUGCUCCCAGUGUGGUAAGGGUUUUGUGUACAUGUCCCACUUCAGGGUACACAUGCAGUGCCACACAGGGGAGAGGCCGUUCAGCUGCUCUCAGUGUGGGAAGAGCUUCAACCUUCAGAGUGGCUUGAUGAAACACAGGGUCCUUCACACUUUAGAGAGAGACCUUACCACUGCACGUACUGUGGGAACAUAUUCAAUUCUAGAGCAGACCUGAAAAGACAUGAACAGAUUCAUGCAGCAAGGUAGACCUUUGAGAUGAAGCAGGUUGAUUUAGAAAAACAGAGGGGGGAAAUAACUGCCAACGUGUACUAUGUUCAACGUAUCAAUAGUUGCUGAUGCAUUUCAUAUUGAGAGGAAUAAAACUCUUCAUG